GAGUAUUUUAUCGACCAGCUGAGGUCAGAUGGAGUUGUUCAUCUUCCUCGACGCGUUACCAAUGAAAUUACAAAUAAUACUCGAUAUGAAUUUUACACACAAGGAGGGGUCAUCUUUGCAACAAGUAGAAUCCUUGUGGUAGAUUUCCUUACGGAUAGAAUUCCUGCAAACCUCAUUACUGGCAUUUUGGUAUACAAAGCACACAGAAUCAUUGAGUCCUGUCAGGAAGCAUUUAUCCUGCGACUUUAUCGCCAGAAGAACAAGCAAGGCUUCAUUAAAGCUUUUACAGAUAAUGCGGUUGCAUUUAACACAGGCUUUUGCCAUGUGGAAAGAGUUAUGAGAAAUCUUUUUGUCAGGAAACUUUACCUGUGGCCAAGGUUUCAUAUAGCAGUGAACUCAUUUUUAGAGAAGCAUAAACCUGAAGUGGUGGAAAUACAUGUGUCAAUGACCCCUGCAAUGCUUGCCAUCCAGACGUCAAUCCUGGACAUUCUGAACGCGUGUCUGAGAGAACUCAAAUGUUAUAAUCCAGCUCUUGAAGUAGAAGAUCUGUCUUUAGAGAAUGCUAUUGGUAAAUCUUUCGACAAGACAAUACGUCACUAUUUAGAUCCCCUCUGGCAUCAACUUGGAGCUAAGACAAAGUCUUUGGUCCAAGAUUUGAAGAUACUACGUACUUUGCUGCUGUAUCUGACUCAGUAUGACUGCGUCACUUUCCUUAAUCUUCUGGAGUCACUGAGAGCAAGUGAAAAAGCUUUUGGUGAGAAUUCAGGUUGGCUGUUUCUUGACUCCAGUACUUCGAUGUUUGUAAAUGCUCGAGCUAGAGUUUAUCGCACCGCGGAUGAGAAAUUGAAUCAGAAAGGCAAAGUUUCUGAAAAAAGGGAUGUCAAGAAAGAAAAUGAACUGAAAAGGGAAUUGGUUCUAGAAAGUAACCCAAAAUGGGAAGCUUUGAGAGAAGUACUGAAAGAGAUUGAAAACGAGAAUAAGAACAGUGAAGACCUUGGUGGUCCAGGGCAAGUGCUUAUUUGUGCCAGUGAUGACCGAGCCUGUGCACAGCUCAGGGAGUGCAUUAUUGCUGGAGCAGAAGCUUUUUUAACAAGACUGUACAACAAAACCUUCAGAAAGGAUGAGAAAGCCAGAGAAGUGUGGAUUAAGGACAGAAAAGCUGUCAAGUCCAAAGGAAGUGCCAGACCAGACACAGGGCCUCAAGCUAAAAAAGCCAAACUCAUGGCUUCUUCAAAACAAAAUAAAAACAAGCAGCAGCAAGACCGGACUAUAAUCCAACUGCUGGGGAAAGCUGAGGAGGAAAAGAGAGAGGAGUUAGAGGUGGAAGAUAACAAAGAAUUAAGCAGUAGCCAAGAAAGUGGUAUUGAAGAGACCGCUCCUGAAGACUUUGAUGUGAACUUACCCUCAGACUGUUACUAUGGUAUUUUCAAGAACCCACUCACCAUUAUUCAUCCAUUGCAGGGGUGCAGUGAUCCCUACGCGCUCACUCGUGUUCUGCAUGAAGUAGAACCAAGAUACGUUGUGUUAUACGAUGCAGAACUGACUUUUGUUCGGCAGCUGGAAAUCUACAAGGCAAGCCGGCCGGGGAAGCCUUUGAGGGUUUAUUUCCUUGUAUAUGGGAGCUCUACAGAAGAACAGCGCUACCUCACAGCUCUCAGGAAAGAGAAGGAGGCCUUCGAAAAACUCAUUCGAGAGAAAGCCAGCAUGGUAAUUCCUGAAGAAAGAGAGGGCAGAGAUGAUACAAACUUAGACCUAAUCAGAGAUGCUAAACUGGCCUCUGUUCCUGCUGGGGCUCACAGCUCUCAGCUUGGACAAAGACCU